GCUAUCGCAUUACGUGUGAGGGGACUUUCACUAGUCACGCUUAGGACACGCUUAAAUUUGCGUGCCCUUGAUGAUUUUUUUUGCAGUUUCUCACAAGAGAACAGUAAGCUACCGUGUGGACUCUUCUCUUUAAGAAAAGUCUUAAUCUAUCUCUCUUUUCUGGCUGUGGAUCUACAAGGCGUUACCAACUCUAACAGCGACAGACUCGUCAUGUUUUUGGGCAGAGGAUGUUUGAAAAGGCGACAAAGAGGCUGGUCGAGCAGACAGAUUCGAAGGGCGCUCUGAUUGCUGCUUCCAGUCUAAAUGAUUCCAGAAAACUCCAGCUGCUUGCAGUAGUGCAUAAAAUCCAGAAAGGCUGGUUCUGGCAACAGACUAAAUACAAACCCACAGAAUUCAAACUCAAUGACCUGCUGGAAGGGGAUCCAAUUAAACCAGUGUGUGAGGAGGAAGAGUUUGUAAAGUUUGAGGGGGAGUACAAAAACUCUGUAGCUGGAGCUGUAGAGGUGGCCGGUUCUACUAUCUGUAUAAAUGCAAACGGACAGGGCACGUCAAAACUUUGUUUAUCCCUCGGGAUGCUUAAGAAGGAAGCUGUGGACAUUCCCAAACUUUUGAAUCUCACUAAUGGAAGGAAAUUGGAUCUCACGGGCUCUUUUUUCAAGAAGCUCUCCUCAAAAAAACAGACUUUAACCGUUGUUAAAGAGCGAAUUGUAACCACCUGCAACUGCGUGAUCUCCUACACUGAACUGGAUAAGGCCGGCUGCCAUGCUGAGAUCGGUUGUACUGAGAACUGUUUCUUUGGGUUUCAGAUGUACAUGAAAGACAGCUGUAAAUUUCAUCAUCGCUUUAAGACCAAAUGUGACAUCCCACCGCAGACUGUGUUGGCUUACAGUGUCAUUGAGAUGAUCAUCGAAGGACAAGGCUACUUUGAUUGGAACGUUGGGUCCAGUGGGGUGGAAUCAGAUGACAUUUCCUCAAAUCCCUUGCCUAGUUUCUCAGAGGUGGAUGGUCCGGGGCCACGGAUUCAGCCAGGUUUCUCACUUACUACUCUAAAAAAAGAUCUUGCAGAUGUUCGGGCUAGAUUUUGUGCACUGGCUGACUUGUCUGCUGAAAGCCGUUCCUCCAUCCUGCUCCUGUUGAGAACAAUUUUGAAGGACCCAUGCAUCUUGUCGGCUUUGGUGGAUCAACUCGAGGUGUUAAGCAGCGGUGAAGCUCCCUGCUUCUUAACCAGCGAGUUGUCUGAAGAACAGAGUCAGAAUAUUAGUGCGUUUUUAGACUUGCUGAAGUUCGAUCAACCUGACAAGACGUCAUUGUCAAGUUAUAAUGGAUGUCAGAUAUCGACAACCAAUCACAACGAUCCUUCCUUGGCAUUUGAGUUGAACGGAUCAAGCUCUGCAGCAGAAGAGCAGAACGGAUGUCACACAGCCGUAUCCCAUGAGAACGGCUGCUCAACAAAAGCAAGCAGGCAGAACACAGAGCUCAUGUAUGCCAUGCAAAUGCUGAUGAAUGCUCUUCAGGAGCUGAUGGACGCCGGAUUGGAACUGCUAGAGCCGUUCUGCACUUCUGAAGGUCUUCAGAGUCUACAGGAUUUGGUAAUUCAUCUGACUACGAGUGACAUGCCACUCUGCAAGGACAGCAUCCCGGUUUCCCUCCAAAUUGACUUCCACAGAGUGGAGGAACUGUUUCAGUCAUGCGGUGUUUCACUAAAGAAAGAGAAUGGCACGGUGACCUCAGAAGUGACCUGUAAAAAGGGAUUCCUCCCCAUGGUUCUGUGCAUUGCCAUCCAUGGCCUUGCAUCAUUUGUUGAUGUGUGACAGUGUUAGUGCUUUUACUGACGGCUGAAAUAGUGGAAGUCAUGACUUCCCAGUUACUAAGAGUUAUAAGUCAAUGAAAUUAAGGUAGAUAUUAUGUACUUCAGUUUUGAUGUUCCUAUAUGCAGAGAUUUUACUCGUUUAUGUUUUUUGCGCUAAUUUUAUCUGUUUAUUCCACAAUAGUAUGGAUUUGUCCGUCUAAUAGUAAUAUAUCUCACACACUUUGUUUAGUUUAGAUUUUAAAUAUUUCUGGAAAAAAAGCUAAUUAUAUUUAUACACUAACUUUAUUCUCUAGACAAUUUGUUUUUAUUUUCCACUUUUCACAAAUUGUAGUAAAAACGUUAUUUUGAAAACCCUUUAUGAAGACAGUUAUUUUGAUCUCUAAAGUUGAAUACAGUUUUCCGUAGAUAAUUUAUAGAUAGAAGGAUUUGGUAUUUAUUUAUUUGCCAAGGAUAAAAAAAAGAUUAGGAUUCCAGGAUUCUAUUUUUUUAUAUGUUUGAUAACAUUGUGUUACUAUAUUAUUUUCACGUCACAUAAACAUUUUAUGUAAUAAAAGGACUUAUCACUGCAGCUAUAAUGUUUUACUUUUAUAUAGAAUAUAUGACAUGCAUUUUCUCUAGAAGCUUCUGUUUGGUUGCCUCAUGCACUCGAGUUAUUAUUAAAUGAAAAAGAGGAACAAAGAA